AUGACAAAGGACGGGGCUUCCGUCUUUAUAGUUCUGGCCUGUUUUCAGUUCUGCCAUCUUAUCUCUCAGAUCAGUUUUCAGCGGUUCGGCCUGCCUACGGUUCUCUUCCGUUUUAGGCUGCCCCUCGGUGCUAACCUCACUCCACCAUUCCUCACUAUGCACCUUCCUAAUAGUUUUCCCCUUCAAUACACUCCAUUCCGCAGACCUGCUACUUUGGUGAUUACAGCCAGAGCUACCAGCACCUCAUAUAUCACCCUCUGCCACUAG